GCGAGAUAUGCGAGCGGCCAUCUUGCUCCUACGCUGAUAGUCUCGGCUUGGGGUCAAAGGGACGCGAAAGACCGCUGUCUGGACAUUUGCGGACCAUGCUGUCCCGGGUGGUACUUUCUGCCGCCGCCACAGCGGCCCCGUGUCUGAAAAACGCGGCUGUCCUGGGACCAGGGGUAUUGCAGGCAACAAAGGUCUUUCACACAGGACAGCCACGUCUUGCCCCUGUACCACCUCUUCCCGAAUAUGGAGGAAAAGUACGUCUAGGGCUGAUCCCUGAAGAAUUUUUCCAGUUCCUUUACCCUAAAACUGGUGUAACAGGACCCUACGUGCUUGGAACUGGGCUCAGCUUGUAUUUUCUCUCCAAAGAAAUAUAUGUGAUUACCCCAGAGACCUUCUCUACCAUAACAGUAGUAGGGUUGAUUGUCUAUGUGAUUAAGAAAUAUGGUGCUUCUAUUGGAGAAUUUCUUGAUAAACUUAAUGAGGAAAAAAUCGCUCAACUGGAAGAAGUCAAGCAAGCAAGCAUAAAACAGAUCCAGGAUGCAAUUGACAUGGAGAAGGCACAGCAGGCUCUGGUUCAGAAGCGCCACUACCUCUUCGAUGUUCAGAGGAAUAAUAUUGCCUUGGCCUUGGAAGUCACCUACCGAGAACGGCUAUAUAGAGCAUAUAAGGAGGUAAAGAAUCGCCUGGACUACCAUAUUUCUGUACAGAACAUGCUGCGUCGCAAGGAAGAAGAGCACAUGAUAAACUGGGUGGAGAAGAAUGUGGUGGAGAGCAUUUCUGCACAGCAGGAAAAGGAGACCAUUGCCAAGUGCGUUGCGGACCUAAAGCUGCUUGCAAAGAAGGCUCAGGCUCAGCCGGUUAUGUGAAUGCAUCUGUCUCUGUUGAGAUGGCCAGAGUUAGUUAACUGAAAGGGGAACUGGUCUGUGUGAAGAACUCUUCCUGUAUUGCUGGCUAUUGAAAUUACAGUGUACCUUUCCUGAAAAAUGAUCGAGAUUGAUUUAGUGACUUAACACUAUUGGCCAGUCAAGUAUUUCUGAUCCUUGCUGUGUAUCUGGAGUUGUCUGGUGAUCACUUUUGAAUUAGUAAUUUGCAGCAACUGCUGCCUGACAGAAACUACCAAGUUAUGGUUUAAACUUGUAACAAGUUAUACCGUCUUGCAAUAAAAUAACAUUUGAAACAGAA